AGACGACUCAGGAAGAGAUGAUGUAGGCCUACCUGACUCUGUCAUCUAGAGCUGCAGCAGCCUACAAAUGAAACGCUAUUUCCGGGAUGAGUAAGGGGAAACCCGUGGUUAAUCAUCUCUAAAUCGAGUUUUGAAGACAUGGCUUCAUUAUGUUCGGCUACAGACAGGGACAGUCACUUUGCAACAGGUGGAACUUCAAAUGACGCGUUCAUGAGCGCGAACUGAGCACAGAAUUGAUUCCAAGUUAGGCUACUUUUUAGAUUUUUCCGAGUGUCAUGGCGUCAAGAAAAGACAUCACGAAUGAUGUGUCCUCCACGCCAGAUGAAAAUGAGUAUCCGUCCGGAUUUCCUCAGAGUAUUUGUGACCAAACUCCUCACGAGAAGUACUUAUGUAGCAACUGCAACAGCGUCCUUAAUAAAGCUCGCCAAACCGCUUGCGGGCAUCGCUACUGCCUGGCCUGUGUCAACUGGCUUGUCAGGAACAACAAGACCCCCGUAUGCAAAAAGUGCAAAGAGGAGGAGCCGAAGGCAGAUAACGAGGCAAGCAUUCUGACUCUGGACAAUUCGUUCAGCGAUGCGGCCAUCACCAAGGAGAUCCUGGAGCUGAGGGUGCACUGCGCCAACCACGGAUGCCCAUGGAGGGGCGUGCUCAGGGACUUUGAGGAGCACCAGACCCAGUGUGAUUAUGCUCUGAUCCCCUGUAACGUGGGCUGUGGACACAUGGUGCUGCGGAAGGCUCUGGCCACUCACCUUGAGAAGGGCUGCCCCAAGAACACCUCCUCCUGCCCGGCCUGCUCACAAACACUCACCCUCGCACAGCUACCGGUGCAUAAUUGCCAUCGUCAAGGCGAUAAGAAGCCUGCGACUACAGAAAAGAAGCAGAAGAAUGGUAAACACGCGGCGUCCAAGGAGAAAGACUCCUGUAUGUUCUGCGCCGUCGGCUGCACCUUCAAGGGCACCACAGAGAAGGUCCGAGAGCAUGAGAGCAGCAGUCAUGUGUCCCACCUGCAGCUCCUCCUGAGAGCUGUGCAGAGUUUACCCCCGUCAACCUCCACCUCCAGCCAACCCCCCCUGGCCCUCCCCUCACAGCUCUCCAGCCCUGGGGCGGGCAGCCUGGACCCUCUGCUGGAGGUGGAUGGCGGGGAGGGUGGCGGUGGGAGGUGUCAGGAGGAGAUGUCUCUCGCCCACAGCUUACGGGAGGACCAGGCGGCCGCCGCUGCUGCUGUGGUGGGUCAGCAGCUGGACUCUGUGCAGGAGCGCGUGUGCGUUUUCGAGAACAUCAUCUCGGCGCUUAGCCGCGAGGUGGAGAAGGCUCAGCUGUGCAUGGCCGCGCUGGAGCGAGAUCACCACAGCAACCAGGACGUCAUCAACUUCCUUAAGGCCAAGAUAGCAGAGCAGCAGCAGCGUCUGGUGAUGAAAGAGGGGCUCGUUAGCGCCCUCCAGCUGCGGGUGAGUGCACUGCAGGAGGUCUCCUAUGACGGCACCUUCCUCUGGCGGGUCCCCGACAUCAACCAGAAGCUGCAGGAGGCCGCCCAGGGACAGAGGAGUAGCCUCUACUCUCCAGCGUUCUACACGUCCAGGUACGGCUUUAAGGUGUGUCUGCGGCUCUACCUGAAUGGAGACGGCGUCGGACGGGGGACCCACAUCUCGCUCUUCUUCGUCAUCAUGAGGGGCGAGUACGAUGCCCUGCUCACCUGGCCCUUCCGACACAAGGUCACGUUCUUCCUGAUAGACCAGAACCAGAGGGAACACGUUCUGGAUGCGUUCCGACCCGACCUGUCCUCCGCGUCCUUCAAGCGGCCCACUUCAGACAUGAAUGUGGCCAGUGGCUGCCCCUGCUUCUGCCCGCUGAGCAAGCUGUCCUCGCCCAAAUACGCGUACUGCAAGGGGAACACACUCUUCGUCAAAUGCGUUGUGGACACCUCUUCCUAAGGAUGGGAUCGGAACCUCCUCCCGAACGGAACCAGACCCAGAACACAGCUGGCUUGAUAACAGACCCGACCCCGGCUUCAGAACCCAGAACUGCCCCAAACAGCGUAUUUCCAUAAAACUUUGUUGUGCUAAUUAAUUGACCUCUGGUAGAUGAACAACACAACAGAUCAAAAAGAUUAAUUUUGUAGAACUAUAGUUUAUAUAGGUCACACAGAUAAAAAAGACUACAAUCAUUUUGUAAUACUAUAGUUUGUGUAUGCCAAACCAUAGGUUUAGGGAAACAGGCCAAAUCUGUUCAAAAGUCACACUAGGAGGUCAUACUAAAUAAUUACAUUACAUUUCUCUGAAACCCCCCUAGGGCCCUUUCAUUUGAGAAUGACUCACUUCAUUUAAUUUGAAAAUGGUCCAUGCAAAAGUAUUCUGAAUAUUCCUGUAGAAAUCACCUGAAAGCUUUCAAGGGUUUUUGUUUCAUACACGCUCAAUAAAUGGUUUCACUGUGAGUUGGAAUAAGAUUACAGGCAGCUAUCUUACCAAGGGGAUUUCUGACAAUGUGAUGAACUUUUACUUUCUUUGCCACAGUACAGAUUUACAGUUUUUUUUAUAUGUUUGUAUCAGGACAACUUUGUAUGAUGUAAAGCUUUGUACUUGCAAUUUCAUUUUCUGUGUUAUUUAUUCAAUUGUUCAAAGGCACACCAUGAUAAUAAAAUGAUAUUAAUGUG